AAUGAAUUGGAAACAAGUUUAUGCUUUCUCCGAACAUAGAACUAAAAGAAGUAUAUUGUAUUAUUCUAUUUAGUAUUAUCUGGAAAUGCAAAGUUUAAAGAACAUAAAUCUAAUAUUCAUAGUCCAAGAAGUAAUUCUUUCUUUAACAUUAUAGAUAGUCAACAUUCUCAUAAGGAUACCAUGGUUGGACUUUAGAGGAUUUCAAAAGAGAUUGUAGAAAGUCUAACAAAAGCUUUAACUCCAAAUUGUAGAGUUCGUUAGAAUUCUCCAAAGCCAUUACUCUAAGAGUAGGAACAGAAAUAAAUACUAAAACCCAACAAAGAACCUGAAAUUAUGAGAUAACCUUUGGAAUAAUUAGAAAAUGUAAAGCCAAAUAAAGAAAUAGAAAAUGUAGAGUACAUUAACUUUACAAAAUUUGCUGUAAAAUAUUCAAUCAAAUAUUUUAGAGAAAGAUAUCUUAAUAACCAAUUAAAGAAAUCAAAAUUUAAAAAAAUGAGUAAAAAAUAACAAGAUAGAGAUCUUAGGAUUUCCAUUCAAAAUAAGAAGAAUGGUUAAGAAAAAAGAAUGAAAAAGUAUUGAAAUAAAGAAUGGAAUAAUAAUGUUUAUAAUAAAGGAAGGAAAAUCGACUCAGCUUUCUAGAAAAAUCCUAGACGGAUAGAUUUUAAUGA